CAGCCGGCGGUGCUGGACAAUCUUCUGACCUCUAUGAAGUUUGUCCUCCACGGGAUGGGCAUUCUCCGGAUCAACCUGACCAACAGCAAGAACAAGGUGCACGCCCACUCUGUGUUGUCCUGUGGGAGGUGUUUUGAUGAGGAUCAGGUGCUGUUUCCAUUCAUUGGCCACGCCCUUUCCUGUCUGUGGGCUGACCAGGGGGUUCGAGAGGCCGCAGCCAGGGGUUACGAGUUUGAACUCAACGACUCUGCCCUGUAUUUCUUUGAGAACAUGGGUCGUAUCAUCUCUCCGGACUACGUUCCCACGGAGACGGAUGUCCUGAGGGUCAGACUGAGGACCACCGGGGUCAUAGAGACGCAGUUCAAAGUCAAACACCUGCUCUUCAGGAUGUAUGAUGUGGGGGGUCAGAGGACAGAGAGGAGGAAGUGGAUUGGUUGUUUCGAGGACGUCCGGGCCGUGGUAUUUGUUGUUUCUCUCAGUGGAUACGACAUGACUCUAGUAGAGGACCCAUGUAUGAACCGCCUACAGGAGAGUCUGAAGCUCUUCUCUUCCAUCUGCAACAACAUCUUCUUCAAGAGUACCUCAAUGAUCUUAUUUAUGAACAAGAUCGAUCUUUUUCAAGAGAAGAUUUUACAUUCGGGGCGGCAUCUGCGGCUGUAUGUGCCGCAGUUCAAAGGUGCAGACUGUGACGUGGACGCUGCGGCCCGAUACAUUGCCGGAAUGUUUGUGUCUCUCAACGCCACGCCCAGCAAACUCAUCUACCACCACUUCACCACGGCAACGGACACCUCCAAUGUACAGAUUGUCUUCCAGGUCGUCAUGGACACCAUCAUCAAAGAGAACCUAGAGGCCGUCUCUCUGCUAUGAUUGGUUCUAAGAGUUCCUAUGAGUUCUAACAGUGCCGAUGGUGCUGGUUGGCUUCUGGACUCUGGGGUGAAGUUUCCCUCGGUACAGAGCUAGACUCAGCUUCCCCUCACCAAAUCAUAACCUUAAAGGGUCAAUCAGCAGUUGCUACGUCCAUUUUUGGACUUAGCACCUGGCCCAUUGAUUCUUGAAGAAUGUAACUUAUAAAUCGCUCAUGAGCUUAAUUCAAAAUAUAAGCUUGUUUUACUCCGUUUGUAAACAACGUAAAUGUGAACAAAUAGCCUCAACAUGGUUAAAACUAGAAUGCUGAUAUGAUGGAUUGACAGUCUUUGCAUCCAUAGCUCUAGCUAUGCAUUUGAGAGAGGUUACGAUUCUCCAGCCCCGUCCCUCAGCUGUUUACCAAAACGGGCGGGGAGUACGCUUUGUUAUUGUUUCAACUGCUGAUUUCCACUUUAACCGUUAGUGGGGAUAAGGGAAAACCGACCCAAGAUCAGUGACUAGGGGCUCCGUCACCCUACUCCGUUUUCUGGUUCCGGAAGAAAAGCGUGUUUAAGUCGACUUCAUAAUGAAAGACCCCUCGGUUCAGUUCCUCUGGAACUGUUUACAUGACUUCCCGGAACGAGGAGGAGGUCCAUUGGAGAACAUUUCACUUCCCGGAACGAGGAGGAGGUCCAUUGGAGAACAUUUCACUUCCCGGAACGAGGAGGAGGUCCGUGGGAGAACAUUUCACUUCCCGGAACGAGGAGGAGGUCUGUUGGAGAACAUUUCACUUCCCGGAACGAGGAGGAGGUCCGUUGGAGAACAUUUCACUUCCCGGAACGAGGAGGAGGUCCGUUGGAGAACAUUUCACUUCCCGGGAACGAGGAGGAGGUCCGUUGGAGAACAUUUCACUUCCCGGAACGAGGAGGAGGUCCGUUGGAGAACAUUUCACUUCCCGGAACGAGGAGGAGGUCCGUUGGAGAACAUUUCACUUCCCGGAACGAGGAGGAGGUCCAUUGGAGAACAUUUCACUUCCCGGAACGAGGAGGUGGUCCAUUGGAGAACAUUUCACUUCCCGGAACGAGGAGGUGGUCCAUUGGAGAACAUUUCACUUCCCUCUUCUUGUUUUUGUGAACAAUCAUGGACUAUGGUACAUAUUUAUUUGUGUUAUUGUUGUUGUUAUGCAACCCUAAUCAGAAUAGGAAUAAUACAACAUCAACAUUUUUAAUUCUUAACAUACUUGUUAUAUUUCUUAUUCAUACCAGAGCUCAUUGGAGGGACCCUGUAGACGGUAAUGAUAGGCUUCCUCUCAGCUUUGGUUGCUCGGUUACAGUCAUCCGGCUAAAUGCUCACUCAGCUUAGUGCACGUCUUAGUGUGUGUGGGGGCAGGCAGGAGGAUUUACCGUUUGUCCAUUAGAUGCACGGGCAGUGUGGUACUGGUGUGGAGGUGUGGAGUUAUGGGUCACUCAUCCAUACAGACUGUGUGCGUGAGGUAAGGGGUUCACUCAUCCAUACUGUGUGUGUGUUAAGGGGUUCACUCAUCCAUACUGUGUGUGUGUUAAGGGGUUCACUCAUCCAUACUGUGUGUGUGUGUUAAGGGGUUCACUCAUGCAUACUGACUACGGGCAUUUUCCUCCCAUCCAUCAAUGCCUAUCACUCCUUAAUGGGACAGAGAUCACAGAAAACAACUGGCUUUAUUUAACUGCAGUAAAUCUCAUCACUCUUGUGUCCUGCUCUCCUUUCCUCCCUCUCUUGCUCUCUCUCUCUCCCGCUCUCAAACACCUCUUCCUUUCUCUCUCCUCUUUUUUCUUAAUUUACAUGUUUUAUUCUGUCAUUCAUUUGGGGAUUGUUGUCUAAGUUGCUCAACAGACAAGUAUCUGUUGGAAGACUAUUGCUAUCAAACUAUUGUCUAAGCAUUUGAGAAAUAAAAUCUUACCAUUAUGUAUUUAUAAGAA